AUGACAACCAAGUCCUUGCCUGAGCCACCCGAGUCCGCGCCGAAGCCGCCAGUUCUUCGACUUCGGAGUACUACUGAGAAUGAAGAGAUCGAGGAAGAGCAACUUGAUGUGUUGAGAUUUUCAGAUGGGCCUUGGAGACGACAUCCAGACGAAAUUGAUGACACUAUUUGUGCGCUAUCGAACGCUCAAUUCCCUCUCGACAUAACUGUUGAGAACUAUCGGAUCGAUUACCAGGAACGCAUGGCUGCUUUGAUGAAGGUCGUACGGCAAUGGCCUAAGUCAGAGAGAAUGGAACAUGUGAAGAUCAAACACGUUUCCGUCAUAACGCAGCUCGUGGAUAUGGAGCACAUACUAGAGAGAAGCAAAGACGAUAUCGAAGACGCGAUUGAGCGAUCCUUCGUUCACUGUGAUACUUAUCUUCAACCCGGGCUAGCCUGGCCACCACUCAGCUUUGAAAGAUUUGGACGUGAGUGGGGCUGGAAUGCGCGCGGGGUCUACUACCGACAUUACUACUCUCCUCAUUGGUCGACCGUGGAUCACGAUCUGUGGAUCCCAACUAUUGAAGACGCUUUGUUUGAUAGUCCUACGGAACAAAACCGUCGAGAAAGAGCCAAACAACUUUUGCGGCACACUUUGGAUAAUGAGCGCUGGAACAAGAGCGAGUAUGCUUGGGAGGCGGACGUGUGGGCCGAUGUUUUCGGUCACAUGAGAAACGAUCCAGCUUUGGCUGCGGACAAGCGCGAGUACUAUGCGUCAAUUCCUGAAGUUCAUCCAGUAUCAUGCACGCUGACUGGAAAAGCUGGCUUUGCAAAGCGAAUACCCGAUGCGUCGUUUGGGCUAGCAACAUUUCGCCCAAAGCACUACCAGAAUGCUGUCGCAUCUUACGAAUUGGAUGCCGAAAGACUACAAGCUCUUGCAUUGCACCGACACUGCGGGCUUAUUUCAGAUCCACGUUGUGGUGAGGCUGACCUAGUAUUUCCAUUUGCUGUGUACGAAGCGAAAGGUUGGAGUGGCGAUCCUCGUGAGGCUCGACAUCAAGCUUGUGUCGCCGGGGCAGCUUAUCUAGACAUGCUGGAUGCACUCGCUCGCAUCCCUGGUCCACCAUGUGUAAAAAAUCGCGACUAUCAAUUUCAGGGGAGCCAAAACACCCAAACUUUUGCGCUCACUUCAUUUGGAGCACAUUGGCAUGUAAUGGUGGGUUAUAGGCGACCGCGUCUCAAGCGAGAACAUGCAGGUCACCCUGGUAUGAGCGACACUGUCUAUUUAUAUCAAAGGAUUUGGAGCGGCCGUAUCGCGGAUGAACAAAGUGCUUGGAAACUCCUUCAUUUGGUGGACCAGAUCCACGAGUGGGGUGUCACGACUUUCCGUCGCAAUGUCAUCCGUCAUCUUCAUGCUUGGCAUAAAUUCGGUCGCGAAGUCUGGGCUGACGAUGCAAGCGUCUUACGCUUCACCUUAGGCAAAGGCUUUGCGACAUGUGGGAUGACUGUUGCCUUUGCAGCGCCUGAUUGGGCGGAAAGCUUCGGAGCAGAUUUCAAAGCUACGCUCCGGGAAAAGUCGACCGGUCUAUUGACUAAAAUCUGUCUAGAAGAACAACCAGGGGAACCAUUCUUCAGAUGUCUAGUGGGCAGGUGCGGGACCGAAAAUUAUCCUGGCUAUGCUCUAUUUUCGCCGGAAGAGGCGAUACGACACCAUGCCAAGGUACAUCAUGAGGUCAUUAAUGAGAACUUCAUAUCAACGGUUCAUAAGUUCUACAGAAUGAUAGCGAUGGAAGUAGAGAAGGACUUCAGAGCUUCGCACUCGGAAGCAAGGAGGAAACGAUUGCUGGAGGAAUAUGAAAACACAAAGACGAGCAAACGCGCGAGGCGGAGCAUGAAAGAGAGCAAGGACUCGUGA